AUGCGAAGUAUUACUGGCCAAUCGGUUGUGCCAAUCAGCGAGCGUCCUAGGGAACGUGAUUUCUUUCAUUCACUCUCUCUCUCUCUCUCUCGCUCUCUCUCUCUCGCUCUCUCUCGCUCUCUCCCUCUCUUUACUCAUUCUACUUAUGUUUAUCUAUCUAUCUAUCUAUCUAUCUAUCUAUCUAUCUAUAUAUUUUUAUAUAUAUAUUUAUAUAUCUAUCUAAUUUACUCAUGUUUAUCUAUCUAUAUAUCUAUGUCAUUUUACUUAUGUUUAUCUAUCUAUCUAUCUAUCUAUCUAUUUCACUUUAUUUAUGUUUAUCUAUCUAUCAAUCAAUCUAUCUAUCUAUUUCACUUUAAUCAUGUUUAUCUAUCUAUCUAUUUUACUUUACUCAUGUUUAUCUAUCUAUCUAUCUAUCUAUCUAUCUAUCUAUCUAUCUAUCUAUCUAUCUAUUUCACUUUACUCAUGUUUAUCUAUCUACCUAUCUAUCUAUUUCACUUUACUCAUGUUUAUCUAUCUAUCUAUCUAUCUAUCUAUCUAUCUAUCUAUCUAUCUAUCUAA